UUCCGGUAGAUUACCGGCCGCGCUCAGCUCGGCUCUCCAGUCUCUCAGCUGUAACCGGACUGAACGUCAUGUCUGACCCGUGCUCCUUCUCCUCGUUCACCAGGUGCGUCACCAAGCACCUGAACCUGCACCUGCACCUGGACUUCGACAGGCACGUGAUCAGAGGGAGAGUGGCGCUGACUGUGGAGGCGCUGGAGGACCGAUUCUCUACGCUGACUUUGGACAGCAGUGACCUGAGCGUGGUGUCGGUGACGGCCAAUGGGCAACCGGCGCACUUCAGCCUGGGGCCCAAACACAGCUUCAAGGGGACCCCAUUGGAGAUCACACUGCCCUUUGACCUCUCCAGAGGGCAACAUGUGAUCGUGGAGGUGACCUAUGAGACGUCUCCAUCAGCAACAGCACUGCAGUGGCUCACGCCUGAGCAAACUGCUGGGAAAAAGCACCCCUACCUGUUCAGCCAGUGCCAGGCUCAUCACUGCAGGAGCAUGAUCCCCUGUCAGGACACCCCAUCCAUCAAGCACACCUACUAUGCUCAGGUGUCUGUCCCUAAGGACCUGGUGGCGGUGAUGAGUGCAGUGAGAGAUGGACAGGAAGUCGAUCCUCAGGAUAGUGGUCGGAUCAUCUACAGGUUCAGGCAGACGGUGCCUAUGCCUUCCUACCUGAUAGCCAUCGUGGCUGGAGCUCUGGAAAGCAGGGAGAUUGGGCCAAGGACCAGAGUCUGGUCGGAGAAAGAGUUUGUGGACAAAGCAGCGUUUGAGUUCUCCGAGACCGAAGCCAUGCUGAAGACAGCUGAGGAACUGGCUGGACCGUAUGUUUGGGGUCAGUAUGAUGUCCUGGUUCUCCCUCCAUCUUUCCCCUAUGGCGGCAUGGAGAACCCGUGUCUGACUUUUGCCACGCCCACCGUGCUGGCUGGAGACAAAUCUCUGUCUGGUGUGAUUGCCCACGAGAUCUCUCACAGCUGGACUGGAAACCUGGUGACCAACAAGACCUGGGAGCAUUUCUGGCUGAACGAGGGUCACACGGUCUACCUGGAGAGGAUGAUCGGCAGGUGUUUGGAGAGCGAACAGUUCAGGCAGUUCAAAGCCAUCGGAGGCUGGAAGGACCUGCAGGACUCGGUGAACACCUUUGGAGCCAACAACCCUCUGACCAACCUGGUGCCCAGCCUGCAGGACGUCAGUCCUGACGAUGCCUUCUCCUCCGUGCCGUACGAGAAGGGCUUUGCUCUGCUGUAUUACCUGGAGGAGCAGCUGGGAGGGCCAGAGGUGUUCAUGGGCUUUGUGAAGUCGUACAUCCAGCGGUUUGCCUACAGCAGCGUCACCACAGAGGAAUGGAAGAACUACCUGUUUGCCUACUUCAAGGACAAGGUGGACAUCCUGAACAAGGUGUAUCUACUAAAAAUCUCAGACGAGAUCAAGCUGACUAACCUCGGCCUUUUUGCCAAGUGCUUCAUCUUCAGGGAGGUGUUUAACUUUGAGAAGUUUCGUGAUGAAGCUCUUCGAGUGUUUCUGGCUCAUCGAGCGGGGAUGCACCCGGUCACCUCCGGACUCGUCUCGAAGGACCUGAAGGUGGACGUCAGCAACGCCGCCAGUCAGUGACAGUAGAAACGAGUCCAGAACCAGUCAGAGACCAGUACUGAUCAACUUCAGCGCCAAAGCAAUAUUAUAUCACAGCUGUUGUUUCUUGGCUGGUUCUCUCUGAUUAAAGUUUAAUUGAAUCCUCUUUUUCCUUUUUAUUCCUUUUAAAUAUUUCGUCUUCAGCAAAAAAACAAGACGAUUUUAUAAAGAAAUAAACUCUGAGUAAACUUUG